ACCGCCAGCUGUCAAAAACUAAACUUCCGUUAAUCAAUACCGGACAUACUUCAGCUACUUUGCUACUGAAUUGUGGCUGUUUCGGGUUUAAAUAAACAAAGCGAGUCGUUAUGAGGCACAGACACUCUUCGAACAACUAGCUGUGGACGGCAUUUCGUUUUAUAUUGGACUCGGCCUUAAAGAUGGAGAAAUUUGAAGGCUACAUCUUCACUGCUCUGUGCAGCAUCAACUUUUUCGUCUCCUGCCUGCUGUUCUCCAGAGUCACACGGGAGCAGAGGGAGCCUUACAUGGACGAAAUAUUCCACGUUCCGCAGGCUCAAAAAUACUGCAGCGGCAAAUUCAACGAGUGGGACCCGAUGAUCACCACUCUCCCGGGCCUUUACCUCGUCUCUGUGGGAGUCAUCAAGCCCGUGGUGUGGCUGGCCGACCUGACAGGCGAGGUGGUGUGCUCCACGGCCAUGCUGCGCUUCGUCAACUUGCUCUUCAACUGCGGCAACCUCUACUUGCUCUACCUGCUCAUCUGCAAACUGCACGUCAGGGACAAGACGCGGUCGUCCUCACGGAGAGUCCUCUCCGCGCUGUCGCUGUCCACCUUCCCCGUGCUUUACUUCUUCAACUUCCUCUACUACACAGACGCCGGAUCUACUUUCUUCAUCCUCUUCACCUACCUCAUGACGCUCUACGGCUGCCACAAGGCCUCUGCGCUGCUCGGCGUCUGCUCCAUACUCUUUCGCCAAACCAACGUCAUCUGGGUGGCGUUCUCCGCCGGCACUCUGGUGGCCGCCAAGAUGGACGAGGCCUGGAAGGUGGAGCAUGCGAAAAAGAAAGAUGAGAAGUUUCCCCCCACGCAGGUCCCGCUAUCGUUCUGUGGAGCGAAGAAAAUAAUGCAUUUCACCCUGGAGUUCUUCACCUCACCCAGUCACAUCAAAUCAGUGCUGCUGGUGGCCUGGCCGUAUGCAGUGGUGGGCGCUGGUUUCCUCGUGUUUGUGGUGCUGAAUGAUGGGAUAGUAGUCGGGGACCGGACGAACCACAAAGCCUGCCUCAACUUCCCCCAACUCUUCUACUUCUUCUCCUUCAGCCUCUUCUUCUCCCUUCCUGUCUCACUGUUUUACCACCGCGUGCUCCGCUUCCUGCAGGCUCUAAAGAAGCAGCCCUUCUUCUUCCUUUUCAUCACAGGCAUCUCCUUGUUCCUAGUGUGGAAGUUCACCUUCGUUCACAAGUACAUCCUUGCAGACAACCGCCAUUUCCCCUUCUACGUGUGGAAGAGGCUCUUCCAGAGGCACGAGCUGGUGCGCUUCUUUCUCGUCCCAGCGUACAUCUUCGCCGGGUGGAAUUUCUUGGACUCUUUCAAGUCGCGCUCGCUCUUCUGGAGUCUGGCCUUCCUGGCGUGCCUCCUGGCCGCCACAGUCCCCCAGAAGCUGCUGGAGUUCAGGUACUUCAUCGUUCCGUACCUGAUGUACCGCCUGCACAUGCCCCUCCCGUCCCUCCCUAGACUAAUUGUGGAGUUUGUUCUGUACACGGCGGUAAAUGCCGUCACGCUCUACAUCUUCAUCGUGAAGACGUUUGUCUGGCCGGACAGCACAGCCACACAGAGGUUCAUGUGGUGAACAGAGUAUGUGAGGGAAGACUCGUAUUGUAUGAUAUACUUUAAGGUGAAAGGAGAAUCAGAAACAGUUGUUGCUACUGUUUAGUUUCUCUUUUACAACAGCUACAAACCUGAACACUGCCACAGAGCUGUACAUUUACUGUGAAUUAGCUUAGGUGGCCUGGAUUUGAGUUUUCCCAGCAUGCAGUUACCUGAUGGUAAGCAUAUUUUCUUUGUUUUAUAAUAUCUUCAUAUUCUGUGAAACCUUUUUCACUCUUGUGUUGCAGAUUGGCAGUGGAAGCUAAUUUUAAUAGGAAAAUACAUAAGUUAUUAGCUUCCAGUUUAGUUGGAGAGAAUUGCAUUCAUAAUCCAUAAAGAUGUCCCCUCAACCCGUUUCCUGUCAUAUUUUUACGCAGGCAGCAACAAUGACUUAUUCCUGUGGCGUGUUGGACAAAUCACCUGUACUAAUCUGACCCAUUUUAUUUCUUGUAUAACAAACUGUACAUAUGUUUUUUUUUUCUACUUACCUAAACAGGUUUCAGUUGGAACAUUUUCAGGGAAGAAACAAUCAUGUAAUUAUGAAACUUUCCUAAAGGCUUCUUGCUAUUGACCGGGCUGGGUGUGUUUCUUACAAUAGAUGUAAAUACUGUGGUGAGUCCUACAAAAAAGUAGUUGAUAGCACAAAUGUUCUGUUCAAAUGUUUACAUGAUUUGUAAAUAUGAUUUAAGAGACCAAAAACAACAGAGCCAUAAGUAAAUAACUGCUUUUAGCCUGUGAAGAACACGUUUCAACAGAAAAACCUUAUAAUCAUGGGGUUAAAUUGAAAAUAAUCAUGUGGAUUUUUACUCUGGGGAGCAAUAAGGAUCAGCCAGAGUCAGUUCAGGAUUCUGCCAAUUUAGAAGUGUGGGCCUGAGUUUCGUCAUGAGUUUAAUCAUAAGGAUACGAGGAAAGAUUUUGUUUGCGGAGAAGAGGAGAAAUUUGCAUUUAAUUAUUUGUGCUGUCUGUAGCUAAUUGUUUUACUUCCUGUCCGUCCUGCUGUAUGUUGUUCCACGUGUUGUUCAAAUCUGUGUGUAAAUAAAAUGUCUCCUGAAACAUAAAACAA